UAUGGUAGCGACGAAAGUCAACAGGUGGAAGCUAGGAUAGUUAAAUUGAGAAAUAACUUUGAAAAUUCAUUUGGAAUAACUUUAGAAAUGUCGUUGUCAGCAAACGAAAGGAAAAUGUUUUGGCAGGAUCACAAAUCCAGUUUGAAUAGGAUUCGUACCCAGCUCUCUGAUCGAGAUUCCCCUGUGAUUUCUCCACGGAAGUCUCCUGCCAAUGGAUUAAAACGUACUCAUUCCCCACUUGGUCUCUACCGAAGGCCAUCACCUUCACAGUUACCUAGAAUGGAGACACCACCAGAUAACGAUCGUAACAGGGGAAAAUUGAGAGGAAGUAGAUACGAAGUUGUCCCCCCUGUAAACAAUAGACGCUCUGUACGCCAUCAGACCCCAGACUAUGACUCCUGGGGCGAAGAAUCAGAUGAGGAUAACGAGGAUGAGGACCAGCAUUUCAUGCCCCUGCCCUACCCCUACCCAGUGUACGGGUACCCGGCAUACCAAGCCCCUUCUGGAAUGCACCCCCCACCAGUGGUAUAUGGAAACCCUUUCCCGGUCUAUUACCCUCCCCCACCUGUUUACAGAGAGAGGGGGAAAAAGAGGGGCAAAGGCAAACAGCCGGCUGAUAGGCUAGAAGUUCAUCAGUCCUACCCUGCUGGGGGCAGGUCCAGACACCCCGCAGUACAAUUUUCAAUGUCAGACAGAAUCUCCAAGGAACCUCCAGUAUUUGAUCCCAGCAGAAAUAGUGUUCUUAAGAAAUACAAGUAUAUAUAUCCCAGGGAUACUCCUUUUAUACCUUAUAUUGACAGAGGUUAUGAAGAAAAGCGAUACAGAAAUGAACGACAAGAUGAUCAUUCCAGUCACUAUGCUGCCCUUGAUGUUCGAGAUGACAUCAUCGAUGAUGUUGUAAAAUCCAUGACCAGAGAAGCGGUUCGAGGCGGUGUUGGGGAUAUGGUUAAUGAAUACAUGGGAUAUGAUGAUAAUAUACAUCCAAAAGACCCUCUGGUGAGAUUCCUAGAUACACUCAUGGAAGAUGCCAUUCGCGAUUCCGUGGACGAAGUGGUGAGAGACACGGUCCGAGAAUUAGCUAGUGACCACAUGAGGGUCAGCUCAGCAGCCCAAGUGGUGGACGAAUUGGUCCUUGACCAUUUGCAGGACAUUCAAAGGGAACUGGUAGAUGAUGUCGUUUUUGAAAUGGUGAUGGAAGAGUUCAUUCAAGAUUAUGUUAUUGAACAAGAAUUGGAGGACGAGCUUCCGAGGAUAGCUAAGGAGGUAUUGGAACACUACGAUACAAAGAUUGAGAAAAAGGAACUUAGAGAAGUGUCCAAAAAAGCUCAGGACAAACUUCUGGAAUCAAUUACUCUGGAAUAUCUUCUUUCUCUUAUAUCCAGACAAGGGAAAGUGUGGAACGAAAGUGAUCACGCGAACAAAUACUUAGAUGACAUGGUGUUGAACCUGCUGUUCAGUCAAUAUACCAAUGUCAUCGUUAAUCGUGACAAAACGAUGACAAACCAGCCCUUGAAAAAGCUACACGAAAAAGUGGUCAGUGAUGUUGCUUUAGACCUACUGCUGCAGCAGUUGUCGAGUUCUUUAGAUGAGGAUUUGGCUGACGUUGAUGAAUAUGAGCACGGUGUUGAUGAUAAAAAUGUUACCAUUAAGGGCAGUGUUGCUCAUUUGAAAAGUUCACUGAACAAAAGUUGACAGGUAGUGGAAGUUUCACAUAUGAAAUAAUUCUAAGAUGUUGUGAUUCCAAGCAUUUGACCACAGAAUGUUCAGAAACUGCAAGAAAGUUUUCAAGGCCACUUCUUCAUUGGUACUAGACUUAUAGUGUAUCAUUUUCUAUAUGGUCACUUCAGGAAAUAAACAAUGUAUUUCACAUUCCUGCAUAAUUGAGUUAAUGAGGUACUGUAUGCAGGGAAAUUUUUGCCCCGUUUCAUUUUUGCCUUUUUGGUCCUUUUGUCACAAGUGCAUGAAUUUAAAUUGGGAAAAUUCAGAGUGAUUAAGUUUACAGCAUUAUUCAUUACCAGGUAAACACAACUUGACCUGGGCAAAUUUAAAAUGGGUCAAAAUUAUUUGCAUCUUGUAUAUGAGUAAGCAAAAAAUAAAUUAUAUACCCUGUAUAACAACAUGAACAGUAAUGGAUCAGGUUGAAGUGGUAAAAAUUGUAGUUUUAAUUGUAUACACGUCUCAUAUGCUUCAUAGAAUCAUAGCAAGUGACAAAGCUCACAUCAGAGUGAACGAUCAGGAAAAUAUUCACCUUUACUACACUGUGGCCAGUCGAUAUUAAAUGAAAGUCCUAUGUACCAUUAUCACAUACUUAUGGUGCUGACAAGCUUAUUGGUGAAUCGUGUUUGUAUUAAUCAAUUUAAUGUUCAAGUGCUUAUAAGUACAAAACUGUAUAGUUUUAAUUUAAUUAAUAUUAAUUGACAUUAUUAGUUUAUUCUGCAUGUAAUUCAUAAUAUAUUUGGAAAUUUUA